CGGGAUCCGCGGCGCUGGCAUCCGAGACGAUGCCCUAUAUUCGCCCCGUCGCCGCCCCCGCCGCCGCCGCCCCCCGCCGCUGCCCCCGCAGCCGUCGCCCGCGCCGCGCCGCGACGGCAUCGACCACCGCAGCGCCGGCCCCCUCGACAUCUCCGACGGCAUCGCAGUAAAUAUUCAAAGAAGAACCUUCACCCAUUGGCGGCAUUUGUAUCCAUUACGACGAUCGGCUACCGCCUGGGCUACAGGCAGGUUCCUGGCCGAAGACUGGCGUGUGAAGUUGUUCGCUCCCGGGCAGGCGAAGCGGCUCCCAGGGCGCGUGCGUCGGAGAUCACGGUGCUGCUGGGCGAGCUGGACACGCAGGACACGGGCUCGGUGGCGGAGCCGCUGCCGGCGGCGGCGCACGCCGUGCUGCGCGCGCACGUGCACCCGCGCUUCCAGUGGCGCGCCGCGCAGCCCGACCGCUUCGACGUGGCCCUGCUGCGCCUGGCGCGGCCCGCGGCGCUGCGCGCGCACGUGCUGCCCGCCUGCCUGCCGCGCCCCGGCCAGGCCUUCAAGGGCCGCAUGGGCGUGGUCGCCGGCUGGGGCAAGACGCACACGGGCUUCGGCAAGCAGGGCACCAACAUCCUGCACAAGGCGGCGGUGCCCAUCCUGAGCGACGCGGAGUGCCUGGCGUGGCACCGGCGCAAGCGCAUCGCGCUCGAGCUGCACCCGGAGAUAGAAAGGAUUAAUAAGGAAAUUUUCAAUGCGCGAGGCGACUCCGGCGGGCCGCUGGUGGUGAUGAGCGAGGGCCGCUGGACCCUGGCCGGCAUCACGAGCGCGGGCUUCGGCUGCGGGGUGGACCACCAGCCGGGCAUCUACCACGCCGUGUCGCACACCGUCAAGUGGAUCGCCGCGCACCUGCAUGCCGCCGGGUAGCGCCUCUAGUCACCAGCCCCGCCCCCCGAGCCACCGCCUCAACGUUACCGCACCGAGAAGACACUCCCCCCCCCCGUUCCUUCGAUGCCCGACACUCACUCCUUGGUAUUGGCUACUUUACCAAAGCAGUGAAUUCACGGAGCGCUACUCCGCACGGAUGCGGUUUUAAUUUGAACGUUAACGUCCCUACACUGCUGCGAACAGUGGAUAUGUUGAAACUCUCAUGAAAAGUGUCUGUGCAGUCGUUUCGUACAGCAUUGAGAAAACACUCUGUUAUUAUUUAUUUGAAUAUUUAUUUUGCUCGCUUUGUGAACUGUAUAUUGUGUAAAGAUACGAAUGAUAUGAUUCUAUUGCGUUUAUACACCGUUAAAUAGUCACAUAAAACAAGCUACGAGAAAAUUCCACAACAAAGAAUAAGAGUGAGUGGUUUCUAUACCAAAUGCACGAUAAGAAGACGAUUAAGAAGUUAAUAAUGGCUGAUAUAUAACGUAACUACUCUUGAAAACCUUGUGGAACCACGUUGUGACACCAAUCUAUUAAAGAAUAUUCCAUCAGUAUACAUCAUUCAUGUAUUAACGCGCACGUUUUCUUGAGCCCUGGUAUCCCUGCCUCCUCCCAUCCAACAUCAGUUGA